AUGUCCGCCUUCAACAGGGUGAAUGCUGCGAGCGACGUUGAGGACCAAUCGUUCCAAACGAAGCGGUCCCUGUUAAAGAAGAUGGUUCUAGCAGUGGCAGCUGCUAUGGUCGUUUGUGUUGGCAUUUUUGCUCUGUCCACGAAUGGCUUCAGCCGCAGCUGCAGCAACCUUGGGGCCUUGCAAGGAAAGUCUGCGUUGGAUUUGGACGCUGCCGUCCGCACCACGAGUCAAAAGCUCAUUCAGGCCACACAGAAGAACCAGACGUUGGCUGAUGAGAUGAUCAUGAAGACCAUGGUGAAGGCGGGCCAUAAGGUGCGGGACCAGUGGGAGAAGCACCACAUCCGCAAGUUGGACACGCUGACGACCAUCCGAAAGGUGAAAGGAUUCCGCCAAAAGCAAAAGGGGCUGCUCGCUGGAAGGCAAGAAUGUGUCUUCAACAUCUUAGAGGCAUUUGUCUCAGCAGUUGGCAUGGGUGAUGACAUCAAUGCCAUCAUUCGCACUUGCCCUCCACCUCGUGAUGGUGAGUCUGAGUUGGCUUGCCAGGUGAACGGUGCCAUCCUGGGUGCUUGGGUUGGAAACCUUGCUACCAAGCUGGCCUUGGCAGCUUCCAAUUGUGCCUUGAGCAUCAACGUGGACGCCAUUUGCUCUGCAGGCAUCACCGGCUUGGUGUCAGGAUUGGGGGAGAUUGCAGCUGGAGCUUCUUUGGGUGCGGCCACAUGUACCGGAACUCCGCCACAAUUGACCACCACGAAGAUCAGCGUCCUGGGUGAUCAGACCGUCCGGGAUGGCCGACGUUUGUUGAUCGGAGAAGGUCCAGUCGGCAACGGUGUGCAGUGUGGUGUGGAUGUGGGCAUGGUGGCAGCCAACAUCGCAAACAUGGGACUUGCCAUCAACAAGGCCGUGAAUGUGAACAAGUGCAAGGCAAGCACUUUCCGCGUCCCCAUGAAUGUGCUCAAGGGCAUCCCAGAAGCACUUUGCACCGUCGACAUCGGUGGUGCUGUGGCCUACAUCGGUCAGGUUGUUACCUUCAUCAAUCUCAUUGUGCUUCACUGCCAGGACUUUUUGGAUAUCAAUGCACUUUGCGCCGGUUCCAUUGCUGCCAUCACUACCGGCGCAGCCGCAAUUGCACCCUAUGGCGCAGCGGUGCACGCGGCUUGCUGCUACGGCCAUUUCUUGAAGACACCCAAGGCUCAACAGCAGGUCGCAAAAUUGUGGAAUUCCCCAGGCUAUGAUCCAGUGGCAGGCAUUCCCCCUCGCCGCUUGGAGGAAUUGGAGGAAGAGACUGCCCAGAAACCUUUGAAGGAAAGUUUGGAUCAAAUUGCGGCCAAUCGCGAGAGUUUGGAGCAGCUCAAGAAGGUGAUCGAUGUUCCCAAGCCAGGCAACACAGAGGCAGACAUGGAGACUCUCUUGAACCUCAUGGGCGAGGAGAAACCGCGCGCUGCCUGGCCAUAUCAAUGCUAGGGUAAAUUGGUAAAUUGAGAGCCGUGAAGGCUUCUAGGAUUUGCCGCCUAUUUCAGGAGGUGGGCAGAUCGUGCCAGAUGCUGAAAUGCAGCUGACACAUCAGAAUUCAUUGCUGCUGGUUGGUUCUUGGAAUCAAUCUUCACAUUGUCGUUUUUUUUCCCAUGCAAACGUUUGGGAAGUGUGCCAGCCCGUGAAUGAACAUGGGCACAAUGAGGGCAAACCCUGGAGAGGCCUACAGGGUAUCCCUUGGUUUUUCAGAAUGUUCCGUGAUUGUUCAAUAUAUGUGUCAUUUUCUUUCAUCCACUGUCACCCUGUAUACUGGAGACUGGUGCUACUCCCGGGUGCUGUUAGCGUUUCAAAUCAACUGUCGCUUUGGAGUGCAGGCGGGACAUUGGGUUUGGACGUGCCUGUUCGCAACAUACCAACGUGACAGAUAUCACAAGCGUGCUGGAUGAUGC